UCAAUUCCUGGGAAUAAAAUGACACUGAAACAAAUCAACUUUAUUCCAUUCUUCUUUGAAAUAACACUGUUCUUUAAUCAAUAUAAAUUAUGUACACAUUUUAUAUUCAUUAUUUCAUAAUCAUUUCAAUGUUUACAAUAGUUCAUUCAAUCUUUUUAACAAGUAUAUUACAUUACUUUAUAAUAACAGCUGAUGAAAGUCGACCAAACGACAAUCAUAAUAAGGAUGUAUAUAAUAGUAAUAAUAAUAAUAAUAAAUGUAUUAUUAUAGAAGAAAUCCUGAUUAGUACAUUUGUAUGUGAUUUAAUGUUUCUUUAUGAUCAUUAUACACCGAAAAAUACAUCAAAGACUUCACUGAUAUUAAAUAUCUUAAAUGAAAAUCAAUAUUUUCAAAUUAUUGAUAAUCAUCAAUUAGUAACAAGAGGACGUAUUGAUCGUGAACAUUAUGUAUUUGAAAAAUUAUGCCAAAAUAUUCAAAAGAAUAAUAAUAUGCUAGUGAAUUUUGACGAGGAUUAUUCCUUAUUAAAUGAAGAUCUUACUGAUGAUCCAUCACAAAUUGACUGUACAAUUAUUUUAGAAUUUGCAUUAAUCAGUCAAAAUCGUACAUUUAAGCCAAUUUUAAUCAAUAUUCCUGUAAAUAUUCAAGAUAUUAACGAUAAUAUACCACGCUUUGAUCAAUAUACAAGUGGAUUAAAACUUGAAAUAAGUGAAGAUAUAUCAACAAUUGAUCAAUAUUAUGUAUCAUCUAUGUUAUCAUCAUUAUCGGUACCACAAUCAUCAGUAUCACCAUAUUGGAUGCCAUAUUUGACUACAGAAGGUCCCUUAAUUCACAAUAGCGGUAGUAGUAGUAGUGGUGGUGGUAAAAAGCGCGAAAUUGCUAUUUUACCCUUGGCAAAAGAUUUCGAUUAUGGAUUAAAUGGUACUGUAGCUUAUAAAUUAGAGGGUCCGGAUGCUGAAUAUUUCGAAUUAUUAAACCAUACAACAGAUUCCCGAAUUUCUAACUCAUAUGAUUCUAAACCUAAAAACAUUAAAUCCCUACAUCUUAUAAGUCGUUUCACUUUAGAUCGUGAACGUAAAUCCGAGUAUCGAUUAAUCCUUUUAGCUUAUGAUCAAUCUGAACAGUCUAAAUUACGUAAUACAGCUCAAUUACCAAUUAGCAUUUAUAUUAAAGAAGUGAAUGAAUAUGCACCAAAAUUCAAUUUCGGUAUUAAUAUUACUAAUCAACAAGGUAAUACUAUUCGACAACAACUAUUGAACACUGAUCACACAUUUAUUGGACAUUCUAAUCGAUUUCAUCCACAAGUACAAAUUAAAUCAUUUUCAUAUGAUUCCAAAUUGAUUGUAGGUGAACAACAAAACCAAGACCGGGUCGAAGAUAACAAUCAUAUUAAAUUAUCAGAUUCCAAUUAUUUAAUUCUUGGAUUACCUGAAGAUAUCAAUGUUGGGAGUCGAAUCUAUCGUGUACAAGCAAUUGAUUUCGAUUCAAUUGAUUUCUCUACGAUUAAUAAUCCAUACCAAUCUUAUCAAUCAACACAUCCUAGAAUUACUGUACAUUACUUUAUUGCACAAGAAACUGAUCUCGGAGUUAAACAUUAUUUCCGUUUAGGGAAAGAAGAUGGUUGGAUAAUAUUGAUACAACGAUUAGAUUACGAAUCUGGUCCACGUAAUUAUAUAUUGCCUAUUGUGGCAAUUGACUUUGGACGUCCACAGUUGAGUAGCACACUAACACUUACUAUACAAGUAUUAGAUGUCAAUGAUGAAGCUCCGAGUAUUACUAUACGUGGUAUUGAAUCGACUAAUAUAAAUCAUAAUAAUUAUCAACGUACAAUUGGACAUUCAACAAUGGACAGUUUUAAUCCUACUCAUUUUCAAAUAUUAGCUGUAAGAGAAAAUUCUCCAAUUGGUACUUUUAUCGCAAAGGUGUCUGCUAGAGAUCGAGAUACAGGAGCUUCAGGAGAAGUGGAAUGUUACUUAAGUGAAGCAGAUAACUUUGGUCGAAGAACUCAGGAAUCUGGUAGUUCACUUGAAUCGGAUUAUUUAAAAGGUCUUCAAAAUUUUGCGUUACACCAUGUUGAAGAUGAUUCAAUUCAUUCAGCCACUAUAACAAACAACAUUGAAUCAACAGUAUCAUCCAGUUAUAUUCAACACAAACAGUCCAGUGUAUUAGGACGUCAUGAUACUGAGUACAUACUUAUGACAAAGACAAUUCUAAACAGAGAAGCUAAAAAUUUCUAUUUUAUUUAUCUUACAUGUCAUGAUCAUGUUGAAAAAAAAUCUUACUUGAGUUAUUCUUUACAACCCAAUAAUAAUAUACCUUCAUCAACUUCAACAAAACGUCUUUCUUCAACAAAAUUAUUAAAAAUCAAUAUUUUAGAUGAAAAUGACAAUGGACCACAAUUUGAUCGUUUACGUUAUGAAGUGAAAAUCUUAGAAAAUUCCAUUGAAAAUACUGAAUUAAUUAAAUUAAAUGCGAUUGAUAAAGAUGAAGAAAGUCAUAUAGGCUAUCGAUUUGUUCAAAUCACUGAUCAAUUUAUACAAAAUUAUACCGAUUUAAAUUUAAGCACAAUUUAUGCACAUUUUAAAAUUGAUUCAAGAUCCGGUAGAAUUAAAACAACCAAUAUACCAUUAGAUAGAGAAGUUAAAGAUUCAAUGAUAAUACCUGUUAUAGCAUAUGAUGAUGAAUUUCCAAGUAGAACAUCACAUGCAUGGAUACAUGUGGAAAUAGAAGAUGUUAAUGAUAAUAUACCCAAAUUAACAGGGAAUACAACUUUUUGGAUAGAUGAAGAAGAUACAACUAUGGAACAUUUGAUCAAUGGUGGUAACCAUAAUCGAAGUAGUAGUAGUAGUAGUACUACAACUUUAGGUACAAGACAAUAUCAUUCAACAAAUCACCACAUAUUUAUUGGACGUUUAAAUGGUGAAGAUUAUGAUAUUGGAGAAAAUGGAAAAAUCAUCUUUAAAUUAGGCUAUGAAAAUCAAUAUAAUAUUAAUAGUCCAAAAUGGUUUUUACGUUCAGAUGGUAAUCUAUUUGUUCAAUCCAUUAGAAUGUACAAUGAUAGAAAUAUUGAUAAUAAUAAUAAUUAUUAUUAUUUAGAUCGUGAAAAAACACCUUUUUAUGAAAUACCAAUUAUAAUUAGUGAUUUAGGUAAAAAUCCUACUUUAUCUUCAACAGUAACCAUUACAAUUAGUUUAAGAGAUGUGAAUGAUAAUUCACCAAAAUUUUUAAAACCAUCAUAUAAUAAUAAUAAUAAUAAUUUAAAUCUAAGUCAUAUUCAUGCUGAUCAUGAUCAUACUCGAUCAACUUUAAAUGAUCCCAAUUUGAAAACAUUAACUAUACCAACUGAACGAAUUAAUAUAUACAAUAUAGAUAAUACAAAUCCUGGUACAUUAAUUUAUACAGUUCAUGCAAUUGAUUUAGAUGAUGGUGAUAAUGGUAAAAUUAUAUAUAAACUUGAAGCAUAUGAAGCUGAAGAUUGUGGGAUACCAUCAAGACGAAAUUAUGCCUUAUUAUAUAUUGAUUUUAUAAAUGAAAAACAAAAUAAACAAAUAAUGAACAAUAAUAAUCAUGAUCAUGAUAAUUCAUUAUUAAAUAUCAAUCAUAAAAACAUAAAAACUAACUUAGAUACUAUUGAUCAAUUAAUGAAUUCAUCAAUUGAUUUGAAUGAAUAUCAUAAAAAUCAAUAUAUGGGAUUUUAUUCAAAUAGGAAUAUCAAAAUCCAUAGUAACAAUAAUAAUCAUAAUCAUAAUAAUCCACAAUUGAAAUUAUUGGAUAGUGAUAAACAACAAAUAAAUCAUCAUCAAUCAAAUUUAUUAUCUACAUCCAAAAUGAAAUAUACUCAAUCAAUGAAUAAAAAAUUAUCAUUCAAAUCACCAUCAUUAAUUCAAUUACAAAAUAAUCAACAAAAUAAUAAUGAUUUAGAAAGAUUAAUACCAAUUUAUGAAAAUUCUAUAAAUACUGAACCAAUGGAAAUCAUUAAUCCAUAUCAAAAUAGUACUGAAUUAAUUACUGGUUUAGGUAUUGGAUUAGUAAUUAUUAUUUUAGUAUGUUUAUUAUUAUUAAUAACUUAUGCUUUACAUGGUGUACAAACGAUUCGAUUAAAUAGAAAUGGACUUCAUAUUGAUCGUAAUAAGUUACAUAAUAACACUAUGAAACAAUAUCAAUAUAAAAGUGAUAAAAGCAACAAUAACAAUCAUAACAUGAACAAUCAAAUCGAUGGAAAAAACAACGAUCAUACCAGUAAAUGGAAACAUUUCUGUAAUGUUAUACAAUUGGUCAUCAACCGUAAUCGUCCGUCGAAUAAUGAAACAAUGCCGAAAAGUAUUAAAACCGUGAACUCUUCAAAAUCAUAUGCAUUAAAUCAAGAUAAAAAUAAAUCAUAUAAUGUACUCGGUAUGACAAUGGAUAUACCAUUUUCUAAUGAUUGGGAAAGUGUUCAUAGUGAAUUUAAUCCAACCAAUCCAAAUCAAAAACAGAUUAGUAAUGAUAAAAAGCUUAAUUAUGCUAACAAAACUAUGAAUCAUCAAUGUAUUUAUCCACAAAUAAGCACAUUUGUACCUGUAAUGAAUUCUGUUGAAAUGGAUACAAUGUGUAAACAUGAUACUUGUGAAAUUUCACCUAAUGAUACAAUUAAUACUGUUGGUAAUACAAUUACUACCAAACAUAAUCAACUUUUACAGACAAAUAUUUCACAAGAUGAAUCACAACCAGAAUUACAUAAUACUAGUGAUGGUAAUAGUAAUAAUAUUAAUAAUAAUGAAUCUAACAGUAAUCGUUAUCCACGUAUUUAUACUGUUUGUACAGACGGUAUUCUACCAAUAUCAGAUUAUAUGACAUUAAAUCUUCCAGAUAAUCAUAGUCAUUAUGUUAAACAUUUGAUGCCGGCAAAUUGUCAUUUUUUAACAAAUAAUAUAGACUUUCAUAGAUCCAAUAUGACUGUACCAAAAGUUUCAUUUCCGCAUAAUGAUGAUAUUUAUCUUCAUCGUCAUCAUUAUCAUCAUCAUCAUCAACAUCAACAUCAUCAACAACAUCAUGAGCCGUUAAUGAAUACAUCAAAUGAAUUGCAUAAUCAAUCUCUUCUUCUUACUCAAACUCCUGUAACCUAUUCUUCUUCAUCAUCAUCUUCAUUGAAUUAUUGUACUUCACCAGGACAAUAUUGUCGAAUACCAUCAACAAUAAAUAAUAGUAAUAAAUUAUCAAAUUCAUUAAAAAAUUGUACAAAACAACAUGUUAUGAUAAAUAUAUCAAAUGAUCAAAAUCAAAUAAAUAUUGUGAAAAGUACAGAACAAAUAAAUAAGAUGUUAAAUAAUAUAAAUCAACAAAAUAUUCCGGAGGAUUCUUUCAAAGCGAAUUCCUUGAAAUCGGGCAGUUUUGUAUAACAAUAAUAAUAAUAAUAAGUACUAUUAUGAUCAUGAUUACUCUGUCAUUAUAGUUUUUCUCUGUGAACAUAUUCACUAUUGUUUUCCAUCAUUUUAAUCUAAUGUUUAAUCAUAUUCAUUGAAUUAAGUUAUUUAAGGUAAAAGAAAAAGAACAAACAAACAAACAACCGUUUAAAUAUUUCAAUAUUCAAUGUAUCAACAGGGUUUUUUAAUUGUUUUGUUUUAUUUACCUUCUUCUUCUAUUCGUCCUUCAUUAAGCACAAAAAAUGUGUUCUUUUAAAACACUUUCCUCAUUAUCUUUAAUAUAUCGAAUGGAAAUAUAUAUAUAUGUAUGUGUUUGUCUAUUUGUUCGCUGUUUUGUUUUUUUGAUCAUGGCAUUCAUAACGUUGUAUUAUUUAAAUGGAAAAAAUUUUUGAAAUAGGUUUCUUUGUAAAUGGGAUUCUCAGCAAUAAUAUGAAUACUAUAACCUGUUUGUGUUUUGUUUUUGAUGGAGUUUUGUUCG